GAGGAGAGUAUUUAGAGAGGUAUGAUGAGACUGGUUGACGAACUAACCCACGUUGAUUGAAGGAGCUGCUUCUCUUCUCCAAUCUGCCAUUCCCAAGUCUACCAUUCCAAGUCUUCGGUUGUUUUGGACCGCCGCGAGCUCCGAUCUUUUCCUCUCGUCCUGUACUCUCCAUUGCCUAAAAGAGGGGAUUUUUGGGUUUGGGUUUGGGGUUUUGGGAGAAGCAAGGAGAUAGGAGGAUGAAGUCGCCGCUGAGAAUGUUUCGAGGCCUGAAGCAUCAGGGCCACGAGGCCAAGGAGGGGAAGAAGCAGCAUCGCGCCCGGACGAAUCAGGAGGAACUUGUCCAGAACACCCGGGAUUUGCAGGAUUUGAAGAGCUGCUAUGAUAGCAUACUGUCUGCAGCAGCUACAACUGCAAAUAAUGCACAUGAGUUCUCAGAAGCACUGGAGGAACUGGGCACCUGUUUUCUUGAGAAAACUGCAUUGAAUGAUGAUGAAGAUAGUGUCAUUCAUGCAGGUCGGGCUUUAAUGAUGAUGGGAAAAGCACAAUUUAAGCUGCAAAAACUUUUUGAUGUAUAUCGGGUCCAUAUCUUACAGACAAUGGAAAAGCCAUCAAGAUCCCUUCUCAGAGAGCUUCAAGUUGUAGAGGAAAUGAAACGCCUUUGUGAUGCUAAAAGAGAGAUCUAUAGGAACUCGUUAGAGGCACAUAGAGGAAAAUGGAUGUUGAGAUAUUCCAAAUCUGGAACUUUCUCAUCAAAGGAGUUGCAAGAAGCUCAAGCCAAUUAUGAAGAGGAGGAAAACAUGUUUAUGUUUCGAUUGAAAUCAUUAAAGAAAGGUCAAUUUCAAAGUCUUCUGACACAGGCCACUCGCCACCAUGCUGCACAGCUAACAUUCUUCAAGAAAGGACUUAAGAUGCUUGAGAUGGUUGAAUCACAUGUUAAAGCCAUUGCUGAACGACACCAUAUUGCAUACCAGUUCAGUGAUCUUGAAGACGAUGUAUCAGACUAUGAUGAUGAUGAUGAUGAUGAUUAUGAUUAUGGUGGCAGUGAUGUUGGGGAGCUAAGUUUUGAUUAUAAAAAAAAUUUCCAAGGAAAAAAUGUUAUUUAUACAUCUCAAAACUCAAUAGAGGAGAGCAUCGACAGAAGCCGAUUAGACAUGCUCAGUUUCAGUUGCAGGCCUGGAUACAGCAGCCAAUCAGCACCAAUUUUUGCUGAUAAGAAGCUUGAUUUAACUGAGAAGACAGAAACACCACCCUUAUCAACCAGAAAAUUUCACUCAUAUGUGCUACCUACACCAGUUGGUGAUAGAAAUCCAGAAUCAAAUCCUGGUACUGCUCCUUGUGUGGAGAAAAAUGAUUGUUCCCCACCACUGUGGAAUUCAUCUCCAUUAGAGGCAAAAAGACCUGUAAAAGAUUUCAGGGAGAGAGAAUUAUCAAGUCCAACCACCUUCAAGAAUUCAGUACUUAGAGGGAGCAAUAUUAACAGUGGGCCCAUCAGUAUGCCAUCAUAUUUCUCGGAGAAGCCGUCAAUGCCGCAAAUUAAUCAAAAAACAGCUUAUGAUACUAAUAAUUUCAGACGACAAGCCUUCUCUGGCCCAUUGACAAGCAAACGUUUUUCAAGCAAACCCAUAGUUUCUACUCCUGAUUAUAGAUCUUCAGUGGAAUUUCCCCCUGUAGGCUCUUCCGCAUCACAACACGUGUUUAAACCUCAAUCAUCUCCACCUCAUAAGGAGACUCAUAGAACUUCACCUCCUCCUGUAUCAUAUCCAAAAAUCAGCGAGCUUCAUGAGCUUCCUAGGCCCCCAUUUGGUUCAGAGAAGUCAACAGGAGCAUCCACUUUGAUUGGUUAUUCUGGUCCCUUGGUCUCUAGAAGCAAAGUGCUUAAUGCAAGAAAUAAUAUGCCAUCAGAUGUCUCAUAUAAGACAUCACUACCAGCACCUUUUGUACAUAUCAGCCGCAGUUUCUCAAUACCAUCUAACAGUCAAAGAAUAUCAAUGCUUACAGCUGCUAGGUUGUUGGAGUCUCCUCACAAUCUAGUCACAGUAGAAGAGAUCACUUCAUCACCUCUCGCAAUCUAAUGACCAUACUUCCAGUAUCUACAACUUCAUAACUGAUUGCUGCAGUUACAGAAAAAAGUGGGAGUUGGUAAAACCACAUUUAUGUGUUCCAUUUUCUAAAGGUAACUUCUUCAAUGUGUUUCAUACUUUAAAGUGUGUAUAUAUGCAUGUAUAUUUCAUUUGUCUCAAUUAGGCAUUUAUGACAGUAAGUUUAGAUUGAAUAUUUCGAUGGUAAGCAAACAUGAACUUGUUAGACGUGUCAGUAUUAUUGUCUUCCUACAGAUUUUCCUUGAAGUUGUCGGAAAAAGAGUCUUGAAUAUUUCAAUGUGAGCAAACAUGAAUUUGUUACACAUAUCAUAUUAUUGUCUUCCUACAAAUUUUCCUUGAAAUUGUAGGAAAAAGAGUCAUUUGUUUCAAUGUGACACAUGAUACUCUGAUAUGUUGCCACCUUCUUGUCUAUUAAAUGAUAGGAUCUAGUUCCACAUAGGGUUUUAGAAGGCUUGAUAAUCAUUCAUUAAAGGUUUAUUUCUUUUUUAGUGGACAACUAAUUUCUUUUGGCUUCUUCAGGAUAUGAUUAUUUAUUGCAUUCCUGCACUUUGAGCAGUUUACAUUAUUUGUGCUGUUGGAUAUUCCAUUGGUCGAUAGAAGUUUAGUAGUUUGAAAAACAUGAUGUAAGUAAUAAAACACCAGAACACGAUUUGCAGAUAUAAUAUGUUGUAUUAUGGAGCAUGUUAAAAACAUUGGAAAACACAGUAAAGCAUGUAGAUGAAGUACAACAUAGAAAUCAAUGAGGUUCUCAAAAGUGGAGUGAAAAUAGCACAUGGUUCUUGAUAUGAUGCCCAAAUAAAGGUAUUGAAUGCUAUUUAGUAUCUGCCCAAAAAAUAUUCUAAAUGAGGACAAAAGACAUAUGCUAUUUGCAUUGUGCAACCUAUAUGUAGCAGCAUGAGUCAGAGCUUAUGACAUGAGAUGUCAAACCAACUGAAAUUUAAACACUUGCAUUAGGUGAAAGGAAGUUAAACAGAAUUUUGUAAAAGCUUAUGUUGUACUUUGAAGAUUUUUUUUAAAUUUGUUAGGGAAAUAUGGAAUAAACAAGCUGCUUUGUCAAAUUCAUUGCAUAAGUUUCUGAUAGCAAUUAACAAAAAAUCUUAUCAUGAUAGAUUUACCAUUGAUGGAAAAAUGGUAAAAGGUUACUUGCUUCCUUUCCUGUUCUGGUAAUGAGAGUAGCAGUGGGCCGUUGACCAAAGUGGGACUAGUGACAAUUAACAUAGAUAAUAUAGGGUUGCAUGAAUAAGCUGCAUAUAGCUUAAUCACUCUGCAAUAGAUUUUGCAUUGUCAGAAAAUGAGAAUGCAAUUAUAUCAGUCUUCUUCUUAACUUCUCUAAGGGUUUCAAUGAUCUUAUACUCACAUAGUUAUAGCGGCACUUAUCAAUUGGAAAAGUUAUUGUUUAGAUUCUCCCUGAUCUUUACUUUUUUCUCUUGUCAUAUUAUAGAAAUGCGGACAGGGGCUUUAACUUAUUGAAAAUGUUGGAUAUGGGUAGUAGUUAAAAUUACAUUGCAAGUCAAAGAGCUCUUAAAAAGGCAGAUUUUUGGUUGAAAAGGAUUUUA